GUUUAUUUUCAAUAUCUGCUUCGAGAUCUGCUUCCAAGAUGAGCUCCGAGGACUACAGGCUGUCCUUUAUAGCCAACCACAGUCGUCUGGUCAGAAAACUCACCCCCUUUGAGCUCAUUCAGACUCUUUUUACCGAGGAAUUGAUAACGUUGACCGAGAAAGAGCAAGUGGAAUCCAUUAGUACCGACACGCAGAAAAUCGGCAAGCUCCUUGGGAUCUUUCACAGACGAUACAACGGGUAUCCAGACAUAUUUAAGAAGGUUUUUGACGUUUUAGUAAAGAUAAAUUCCGACGAAGGUGGCUACAUUGAUCAUGUGAUUAUCAAACUCGAGGAAUCUAUAGAAAAACCUCCAAGUUUCUCGUCAUCCCACGAAUUACUGACAGAGGAAGACCGAGCGAGACUCCGACUUCACGAAGAGACCAUACUCCGUACAUUAGACAUAGCCAAUAUCCUACCUGAUUUAAUUAGCGAGGGCGUGAUCACUUUUGAUGAGAGUGAGAACAUUGUGUCAACAGCGGACGCUCAAGAGAGGAACAAAAGGUUUCUAAAGUUGUUGACGGCUCGUGGCUCCGAUGCUUAUCACAGAUUUGUUGAUAUUUUGAAAGAGACCGAGGUCUAUGAGGAUUUAGGACAUAAACUAGUUGGGACUGGUGUAGUGAAUGGCGGAACAGAUGAAAAGAAAUAUGUUGAGGAUAUCCUUAAGAAAGGUCAUGUUCCUCCACCCCCACAGUAUUACGUUAGGAGAACUGAGCUCAUACGUAGCAUUAGGAAAGAACUCCGGAAACUGAUGAAUACUGACAGUUGGGUCUUGCUAUCUGGCUUACCAGGAUAUGGAAAAACUGUUUUGGCUGCUGAAUCAGUUCGUAGUCUAUCAUUGCUCCGUGAUGUGUUCAUUGGUGGCGUCUACUGGCUGAGUGUUGGUAGUAUGACGACUAGUGAUGGUGGGAUUAGUAAUGAUGCUUUACUUGAAAAGAUGCAGAAUUUUAUCCUGAGAAUGGAUAAAGACAAAUAUCGUCCUAAUAACCUUGAGUCAGCUAAAGAUUAUUUACAGACAGUAAUGGCUGAGCAGUACCCGCAGUCUUUACUCAUCCUUGAUGAUGUCUGGGAGUCCGAGACAGCUCAAGCCUUCUCUAUUCGUUGCCGAACUCUCAUUACAUCAAGAAAUGCCGACAUUGCAAACGGAAUACAGACAAACAACGUAUACAAGGUCUCAAUAAUGGAGGGUUUUACUGUUGACGAAGGGAAAGACUUAUUAUCUAAAGCAACAGGUCUAUCAGUUGAAGACUUACCCUCAGCAGCAUCAGAUAUCAUAAGACUCUGUUAUGGAUCACCCAUUGCCUUAGAUAUUAUAAGUGCUAGUCUGAAAAGGAACCUCACUCCAGCUCGUUGGAUGAGUGUGGUUGAGAGGCUUAAGAAGAAGCGUACAGGAACUCUAGCAGUGAAGGCAUCCUCCAUUACCACCCCUGGGACUGUUAGGAGGAGGAGUAGUGAAACCAAGAGGGGAAAAGCAAAGGAUACUCUUAAUGCUUCCAUUGGUUUAAGUGAGGAAGGGCUCCCACAGGACGUCAGGGAACACUUUCACAUGCUGGUAGUGUUUGAUCCAGACAUUACUAUUACUACUGAAGUACUGGCUAUACUGUGGAAUGAGGAGCCUGAUGAUGCUGAGGAAAUUAUGAUGACAAUUGUUGGUUGGUCAUUGGCACAGAAAGCAGUGAGCACUAAAUCGACUCAAGGCUUCCUCUCAUUCACAGUCCAUGAUCUCAUCAUUGAAUACCUUCAAGACACUGUACCUAAUGAAAAACAAGUAACAUACCACCAGGAACUAGUACAAAGUUACAGUGAUAAUUGUAAUAGUGUUUUCUCUAAGUUGAACCCGGACGGCUACAUACAUCAGAAGUUGAUCCCUCACCUUUACUCUGCUUUGAUGUUUGAUGAACUGGGCCAACUCCUCUCAGACAUACAGUGGCUGGCUGCCAGCUGCGUUCACUGGGACCCCAACUCACUCUUAGGGCAUUAUAAGAAAUAUCGUUCGAACGUACCAGAACAAUAUCGUGAUACUGCAAACGAAUUGCAGCUGUUUCUGAGUCGCCAUCUUGAUGUACUUGGUUCUCCUCAUAUCACUACAGAGGAUGUCAUUCAGUUAGCUCUUGCUACUCCAUCAGACAAGCUCUAUGAGAUUGCUAGAGGAGUAGCUAGUAGAAAUACUAAUACACUCUGGCUGGACUGGUGUAAUCGUAGCUCUAUUAAUCUCCCGACUGCGUUCCUCCAGUUGCAGCCACACAGGAACGAAGACAUGAGAUACUGUCAGUUCUUUAAUGGUGGAUCCAGUGUAUUAUCAUGCUCAUCCAAUGAAGCAAAAAUAUGGAAGGCUUCCACUGGUGAAGUAUUGGAGUCAUUUAGUGGUCACACUAACAGUAUAACUCACUGUGUCAUCAAUGAAACUGGAGAUCUACUAGUCACUGCAUCUGAUGAUAAAACUUGCAAGGUUUGGGAAUUUCCUAAAAAGCUUCUCUGUACAUUCACUGCUCAUCAAGAUGGUGUUCAAUCUUGUGAUAUUUCUUCCGAUAACAAGUUCAUUGUUUCAGCAGAUAUCGGCUCUGCUGUUAAGGUGUGGUCUAGUCGUAGCGGUGAGAUCAAGGAGGAGUGGGAUCAUGGAGACUCUGGGAUUGCAUCAUGUUGUUUUUCACCAACUGGUGACUUAAUUGUCGUGGCAAGUCAGGACGGACUCAUCUCUUUAUAUGAUAUGAAUGGACUAUUUGCUGCCACAUUUCUAAUAGUAGCAACUCCAGCCAUUUCUCCAACAACCGAGAAACAGAUUUCAUUAUUUCCUCCAUCACGCACCACCUCAGUAGGCAGUGGUAUGUCUUCAUCUUUUACAGUCCGUAGUGCAGUGUUUAGUAAGGAUGGGACUCUUAUAGCAGCUGCUGUGGGAGACUGCACUGCUAAGGUUUGGUCAGUCGACACUAAGCAGAUGGUUCAUUCAUUUCGACAUGCUUCGGACGUUUUGUGUGUUGACCUAUCGUUCGACUCAAGUCUACUUGUCACUGGGUGUUUCUCAGGGACUGUAAAUGUGUGGUCACUGGCUAAAGGUGUACCUAUACUUGAGAUACCCUUGCAUUAUGAUUAUGUUAGUUGCGUUCAGUUCUCACCUCAAGAGAACAUAAUCCUCUCAUCCUCAGGUAGUAGUGUUAAGUUUAUACACAAUCAGGAGACAGAGAGUAACUCGUGGAAACUCUAUCUUCGUCGUUUUGUGACUCGGUUCACUCAGAAAGACUCUGAAUACAUACCAAGCAUUGUCUGCUAUGACACCAUCAAGAGAAGACUAGAGAUAUGUGAAGGGUUGGAUGGACAAACUGUUCAAGUUAUAAACACGUUCUCUGGACUGAAGCCUCGCUCCUGGGACAUGUCACAUGACAGGAAGUUGGUUGCUAUGGGUUACGAUAACGGAGCAUUACAAGUGUUGGAUGUGAAUACACAGUCAACUGUUUGGCUCAAAGAAGGAGCUCAUGAUAAGUCAGUCCUUGAUUGUUUCUUCUCUCCAGAUGAUGGAAAGUUACUUUCAUGCGAUGAGACCAACCACAAGGUGUGGUCUGUUGCCAAUGGAGAUGAGUUGUCAUGCCAACCAGACUGUUCCGAUUUUAGAACCAUGCCUUGUGUAUUUUAUAAUGAUAGUAAUAAAGUUGCUUCAGCUGCCCCUGGACAUGUACUGGUAUGGGAUUCCUCUACUGGGAGUAAACUGUUCAGAUGUGAUGGAAUAUCAGAUAACCCACAAGAAUCAAUACUUUGUGUUAAUAUCAGUGGAGAUAACACGAGAUUGAUUGCAUCAGCAUCAAAUGGAAGAAUAGCUGUGUGGAGUGCAGUCAAUGGUGAUAGACUAUAUACCAGAGCUUAUGUCUCAUCAUCUGCUGGCUACAGUCUGUCACGUUUCUGUUCUUUGAAUUAUGAUGGCACCAUAGCAGCUGUGGGCCAUGAUGACUCAGCUCUCAUGAUAUACAAUUUCAAUGGAACUGAUACCAAGUGUUCCAGUUCAGGUAGUAGUGCGUGGAUGAUAAAUACACAAUUCUCUCCUAACAAUAAACAAAUUGUUACACUAUCUGACUCUAUACAGUGGUGGACAAUUGAUGGCUCAAAGAAGAAGCAGUUUCUUUUGAAGAGCACAUUUGGGAAACAUCUUUGCUUCUCGCCUGAUUUUAGUCUUUUUAUAACCAUCGAUAACACUGGACUUUUGUACAUUUUAAAAUUUCAAGACUUUCAAAAAUAAAACACUAAAAUAUAAUAACUUUUUAAAUAUACCAGUAAUAUAAUAUACAUGUAAGCAUUUUCUCUCUCUUACAUUAAGUAUAAAUUGUGGUGUGAUUUAUUGUGCACAAUAUUUUUAAUAAUUAUAGUAAAAAUAAA